AUGGAGAGUUUUAGGUACUUUCCUUUUUUUGAAAAAAAAGUUGUUGAAGGAGAAAAUUAUUUUAGUUCAACUCUUGAUUUUGAAAAGUUAGGAUUGGGAUCAUUUAUUACAUGUUCAGGAAACGAGAACUCGCUCUGGUUUGGUUCUGGAGAUGGCUAUAUAUACGAGGUUGGGCUUAGAGAUGGGUUAUUGAGCAUCACUGAGAGUUGGAAAGCAUAUGAAGUAACUGUUUUUGAUAUAAGGUAUUCUCAAAAUACCCUAAUAACUAUUGGAAUGGACAGUAAUAACAUGUGGAAAUUAAAACUUUAUGAUUGUUUGGACGGAAAUAUUUUAAGUUCUAGAUUGGACAAAUACCAGGAACUUCCAAUACAUAGAGAAUUGGGAGAAAGAGGAAUUACAGUAUUUGAAGCAUGCUGUGAUAACCAAUUUGUUGGUUUGGGAACAGUUGAUGAUUUUGGAGUUUUCAUACUAUGUGGAGAUUUUUUUGGGGUAGAUACAUAUUCAAGUCAUUUUAUUGAAUUAUCUGAGCCAUGUACUGGAAUUCAUUUUAUAUCAUCAAAUACAAAAGAAGAAUAUUAUAUAAUGAUAUCUACAAAGAAUUCUAUAUUGUCUUAUGAGAUUGGAGUAAACACCAAAAUUCCAAAGUUAAUUUACAAUGAUACAAUGGGGGGUGCAAGACUGAAUUGUAGUUCAAUACUAAGUUCAUGGACUGAGGAUGCCUCACAAGUAUCUGACGUGUUGGUCGUAUUUAGAGAAGAAGGAUUGUUCUGUUACCACCCAGUAAAUGGUAACUGUUCUGCUCUUCCAACAAAUCAUGGGAAUCCAAUCAUACUUUCAACAUUUAAAAACUACCUUGUUUUGGUCAGUUCUCCUUUAAAUAUCUCAUCAGAAUACUAUUCAAACAAUUCUAGAGAACAGAUUGAAAGUUUGAAUACUACAUUAUGCGAUGUUACUAUUUGUAACUAUUUCCCAGAGCUAAGAUGUAUAUGUUAUACUGGUGAAUUUAAGAAUGUUUCACAUAUUCUUAAAGGCCUUAAUAUGUUAUUUGUAUUAUGUUCUGGAAAUAAUGUAUUUUCAACUUCAGCUUCAAUAAAUACAAAUAGGAAAAAUAUGCUUGAUAAUCCAAUAAUAGAAAGAAGACAAGGAAUUCAAAAUAAUGUUCUAUCUAGCUCUUCCUCUAAUAACAAUCAUAAUAGUACUACUAAUAGCAGUGCAAAUAAUUCAUAUAUCACAAAUACAAAUAUAACCAUACCAAAUCUACUAUUUCACUUAGAAGAGCUAAACUUAUUUGAAAGAAUUCAAAUAUUAAUAAGUAAGAACCUUUAUGAAUGGGCUCUAAUUUUAGCAAAGAAUGAAAAUGUAUCUAACUCUAUAUAUUCACAGAUUCAAAGAGCAUAUGGUGACUGGUUAUGUAAUAUAAGAAAAGACUACUCUCGAGCUUUAAACUGUUAUAUCAAUUGUUUAGAUAGUUUUUCUGGUGAUACUAGCCAUGUUAUACACAAUUUUCUCCAAGCUAAUAGACUAGAUGAGGCAAUUACGUAUCUAAAAGAGUGUGUGUUAAUAUCUAGAAGUAAAGAAUAUAGCAAGGGUGUUAUUAAUAUAACAAAUAAUGAAGAGUCUAGAUUUACUAUUGGGAAGGACCAUGUAACUUUGCUAUAUAGAUUAUUUGCACAGUUAGAUAGAUUGGAGGAUAUUAUGGAUUUUCUUCAAAAUCGAAAUUUAAACGAAGAAAUUGAUAAUUUUGAAGUGGAAACUGCCAUAGAUAUGUGUAGAAGCUAUAAUAAAUUUGAAAUAGCAGGGAAGAUUGCAGAGAUGUUUCAAUUUCAUGAUAAAUAUAUGCAGAUCCAAUUAGAAGAUAGAAGAUCUCCAACUGAAGCAUUAGAAUAUUUGGAAGAUAUUAACUUGGACGAACCACAAAAAUUGUCAUUAAUAUUAAAGUAUGGGCCAGUUUUGAUUAAUAAGAUUCAAAAACAGACAACUAAAUUUAUUAAGAAUUUGGUAAUAGAACAUAAUAUGCCAAUAGAUGUAUUUUUACCAAUAUUUGUAGAUCAUGAUAACUUACUAUUGGAAAUGGCUUGGGAUGUAUUAACCAAGGAAGGGAAUAAAUCACAAAUAGAAUUAGAAGAUAUUGAGACAAUUUCAGUAGAAUUAUGUAUACAUAUACUACAGGUAUCUUUAAGACAGAGUCCAAAAUCUGAGAUAUGGGCUAAAUUAAUACUAGAAAGACUAAUCAGAGUAGAUAAUUCAGAGAAUUGGCAUUCAAUUUUGUGUAUUUGUAUAUAUUAUGAAUAUAUUUCGGGAGUGUUUUAUAUCUCACAACAUUGUAAUUUACAUCAAUUUGCAAUUACAGAAUUAAUUAAAAAAGGAGAAAUCCAAGAUCUUAUAGAAUUUUGUAAGUUAUUUGGUAACAAGGACCCAUUUAUAUGGCAGGAAGCAUUAUGCCUUAUCAUAAAGAAAUUAUCAGAGAGUACAAAUAAAAAGGAUAAUUGUGAAUUAAUUGAAUAUCUUAAAGUGAUUUUGGAAAACGUUCAUUCAUUAAAAUUAAUAUCUCCACUAUCUAUUUUAGAGAUUUUGUCAAAGUACUUGGUAAAUAACAAUAGUUCAUCGGUUGAAAAUUAUAAUUCACUAACAUUCCAGAUUAUUAAACCAAUUCUAGCAUUAUUUUCAGAUUAUAAUAACGAGAAUCUUUCAGAAAAUAGUAGGAAUUCAUUGAAUGAUAUCAGUGAGAUUAAUAGAAUGAAGAAGGAAAUAAAAGAUUUAAAGCAAAUGCCUAAGUUAUUAAAUACUUCAAGGUGUAAUCAAUGCCAUUUACCUUUAGAAUUACCAAUAAUUCACUUCUUAUGUGAUCAUUCAUUUCAUAGAUAUUGCUUAUUACAACAAGAUCAGUGUCCAAUAUGCUCUUCCGAUCAACAAACAAAGAUCAGGCUUCUAAAACAGAGAGAAAACCAGCAAAUAAAUAAGGAACAGUUCUUUAAGUUUAUUAAGGGAGAUACAGAUAAUUCAUUAGGUUUUGAUCAUAUUUCUAAAUCACUAAGUGUUUUAUUCAAGUAG